AUGAAGUCAGAAAACCACAGGCAGCGCUCCCCGCCGGUGCCUUCCGCUGCGGAUCAUUUGACAUGUCCCUUCCCAGGAGGGCCAGGCCAGGCACGCUCCAGCUCCGGCACCAUGGACCAGAGGGGGAUCCUGCUGCAGAACCUGGAGAGGGCCCAAGGCAAGAAGCUCAGCCCAGGAGAGUUUGCAGAGGAAUUUUUGAAGCUGAAGAGACAGUCAACAAAGUACAGAUCGGAUAAAAUCUACCCUACAGCAGCGUCUGAGCAGCCAGAGAACCUCAAGAAGAACAGAUACAAGGACAUCUUACCUUUUGACCACAGCCGAGUGAAGCUGUCCCUGAUUACUUCGGACACAGAUUCUCAUUACAUCAACGCCAACUUCAUCAAGGGUGUCUAUGGGCCAAGAGCGUACAUUGCAACCCAGGGUCCUCUCCCCACUACUGUCAUUGACUUUUGGAGGAUGAUUUGGGAGUAUGAAGUCCUGGUCGUGGUCAUGGCUUGUAUGGAGUUUGAAAUGGGGAAGAAGAAAUGUGAGCGGUACUGGGCGGAGGUGGAUGGCUCCCCCCUGCACUGUGGCCCUUUCUCCAUCACCUGUGAGGCUGAGGAGAAGAGGACUGAGUAUGUGAUUAGAACUUUAAAGGUGACCCUGAACGAGGCAACCCGCACCAUCUACCACUUCCACUACAAAAACUGGCCGGACCACCACGUGCCCUCAUCCAUCGAGCCCAUCCUGCAGCUCGUCAGGGACAUUCGCUGCUACCAGCCCGAUGACAGGGUCCCUGUCUGCAUCCACUGCAGUGCUGGCUGCGGCAGAACCGGCGUCAUCUGCGCCAUCGACUACACCCAGAAGCUGCUGAAGGAUGGGAUUGUUCCAGUGAACUUCAGUGUUUUCAGUCUGGUGCAGGAAAUGCGCACACAGAGACCUUGCAUCGUGCAGACCAAGGAGCAGUAUGAGCUGGUUUACGAUGCAGUGAUUGAGCUCUUCAAAAGGCAGAUUCAAGCACUCGAUGCCCAGACAGAUUCUGCUGCUUCACAGGAAGGAGUAGGGCAUCCUGUGGCCAAGCCGGUCCUGACUCCAGUGGAAGACAUUUAUGGCCUGAGUUUGCUCACCUGCUCAGAGCGAGAGGAGCAUGCUCCACACCAACAUCUCCCUCAAAAGCAGCACGGGCACCAACAUCUCCCUCCGGUGGCGCAGAGCAAAACGUCCCUGCCCGCUCUGUGUGCCCCAGGAGCACAGCACAGCCCUACCCGGGGAGUGCCCCCCAUCAGACAAGCCAUCUCCUUCGGUGCUCUGAACUUCAUCAGCUGCAGGAAGGCAGCUGCUGGCGAGCCCUGGGGCGCUGGGGACGCCUCUCAGAAACGCCGCAGCUGGGAGCUGGAGCUGGACACAAAGGGAGCAGGCAGGAGGGGGCCUGGUGGCAGAGCACCUCUGGCAUGGACUGCAUCGACCCCUCUGGCGCUGGGGCAGCAGGGAGAAAGCUGGGGAUGGGACGCAGGGGGUGCCAAGCCUGUCUGGAAUCCACAGUGGCCAACAGCCGGCCACUCGAGCUUCCAGGAUGGAUUUUGCCCUGUGGACCUGAACCCCUCCAGACGAGCAGCAGAUGGCUCCCCAGGCCAGAGGAACCGGGGGCAAUGCUCUCACUCCUACCUGUGCUCAGCAGAAGACCCCUACUUCUCAUCACUCUCUCCAGAUGAGCCCGUGUCCCCCGUGUCCCCCGCAUUUCCCUUUCUGGAGGGGCAGGAUGAGCUCCUCCCUUCAUGCUCAGCCAGUGCCCCGCUACAGCCCACCACCGCCAGCUCCCCAACAUCCCAGCACGCUCCCCUCAACCAGGACAGGACCUUCCCCUCGGCCCCCCUGCCACAGCCUGAUGAUGAUGAUGCUCCUCCACCCCUGCCCCAGCGCACCCCCGAGUCCUUCAUUGUGGCCAGCGAGCCGGGACAAUUUCCUGAGGCCGCUUCGGAUUUCCAGCUUCCAGACAGAAAUCCAAAUAUUGGAACCUCCUGGGAGUGGAGUGGCGAGUCUCACUCAAAGGGGUUUCCUGACCCUGUGAGACUGAGACCAUGUAAGAGUGUGAAGCUUUGGAGCCCACGAACAGAGACAAGCCAGGAUCGCUCUAAUUCUCCUCCUCCGCUUCCUGAAAGAACCCCGGAGUCGUUUGUUCUUGCUGAGGCAGCAAGUCUGCAGCCUGCUGCAAGAAAUUCCUCAAGUCCUGCAGGUUUGGAUAACAAGAGCUCAGAAACAUCAUCCAAAGAACUCAUGAAAUGCUUCAGGAGGAGCAAGAGCUUGAAAAUAUUGAAAAAUGUGAAAAAAAGCAUCUGCAGUCCAUCUUCACUGAUGAAAUCAUCAGAACCUGCCCCGACAAACUCUUCAAGGUCUUUCCUUAACUUUGGCUUUGCAAAUCGAUUUUCAAAACCUAAAGGACCAAGAAAUCCACCCCCAGCAUGGAAUAUUUAGAUGUAUUCUACAGACUUGGCGUUGCAGAUUUGUGAAGUCACUCUGAAAUACUUGGAAAGCCCAUCCCAGUGAAGCUUCCACCAAAAUAAACACAUCCAAAGCUGUUACACGGUAUUGGCAGCUCAGGCACUACUUGCACAUUCACUGAAUUUAAAUCUGGAGUUUUAAAGUCAAGAAUGUAAAAGUACCAGCAGCUUUCAGUUAAUUCACAAUGGGAUGGAAGGUAAACCUUGGAAUGCAAGAUUUUUCCUAAAGAGGGACAUACUUUUGUCGUGUUUUGGAAUGUAAUCACUUCAAAAGGAUGGAUUUGAGCAUAAACUGAUGAUGGGACCCAGUGAAGACUAUGGAAUGAUCUGGAAAGCCAAGGGAGCAGAGUGAGGUGGAUCAAGACCCUCCCUCACAUUUCCAGAUCUUCUGUAAUCAAAGGCACUGAAAUGUUUACAUUGCUUGGACUAAGCGGGAAUUAGCAUCCCAAAUUUUAGAAAUAAUAUAAGCUUUUGGUUUUUCCCCCCAUCUGAGUGAAUCAGAGCAUUUGUCUGGAUUUUGGGGCAGUAAGACUCGAGAGGGUGACUGAUCCCAUAGAAACUAAACCGGUGUAACUGGACUGCACAAUUGGCUGACCUGGCUGCUCUUCUAUGUGGGAAAAAAAAAUUCCCAAAACACCACGACAGCAAGCACAAUGUUGUUGUAUUUUUAAAACCAUUCUGUUUUUAAGGAUUUGUGAUUCUCCAGCACAGAAUUUCAGGUGGGAACAGGGAAGACAAGAUUUCUUGCCAGAUUCCUCACCAGAUUCCACCAACCAAGGUGGGAUUUGGGGAAUUUGGUCAAGAAGAAUCUGCUGACCACUUCUGGAAUGGAAAACUCAGCUGGUUUCAAGUUGGGGGAACAGCCAAUAUUGUCUUUUUUUUUACUCUAGUCACAGGUUUUCUUAACAGCAGAAAACAAUGAAAGCCGUUACCCAAAUUAUAUUUCUGUUUCUCUCAGGCUGGACAGGGUCUGGACUAACCUGGUGUAGUGAAAAGUGCCUCAGCCCAUGACAGGGGGUGAAAUGAGAAUUUAAAGUUCCUCCCAACCCUUAACAUUCUGUGACUCAAUAAUUUUGUUCCAUCCCGCUGCCAUGGGUAGGGAUGGCCUCCUUAGACUCGCUCCAACACCUCCACAUCAUCUCCCUCACGGGGAAAACCUCCGCAGCACCUCACAGUCGGUGUUUAAUGGAUGAAGCACUUUAGAACAAGCGAUAAACGCCAUUAAAAUAAAAGUUUUUUACCUCUUCCCACUCCCUGGUCCGCUCUCCCUCAGCGCUUUCCCGCCCUGCCCCCGCCGGCCCACGU